UAUUAGAUGUUGGGCUAAUGGGCUUAUAAGUGUCUAGGCUUUAACGGCCCAUUAAAAAUCCGCCUCUCUCGCUUUCUCGUAACCGUAGUCGUGUCCCGGAAUCCGGACGAUCCACCGAGCUCGAAGCUCAAAAAUCAUGGCGUCUCUGUCGUGUCUCCCGAUUUGCGGACUUUCAUCUUCCGCUUCACUCUACACCAAGGCCCGACUACUUUCUUCUUCUUCUUCUUCCCCGUCGCCGCUUCCUCUAGCCUAUCCUCUACAAAACCCUAAGAAGCUAUGUAGAAAGAUUGAGAGAGUAAUUUGCAGAGCGGAGUUUUCACAGGACGCACCACUCGUAACAGCAAUUGGUGCGUGUAUCCUAAGUUCAUUUGUUUUUCCGGUGGCGAAACGAGUCAACGAUGAGGAAGAAGAAGAAGAAAACUCAGCGAUUGUGUCAACAGAUAUGAGAUUAGCCGCCAUGGGAAUCAUCAGCUUCAUACCUUACUUCAAUUGGCUGAGUUGGGUGUUUGCUUGGCUUGACACUGGAAAAUCUCGUUAUGCUGUUUAUGCUCUUGUUUAUCUUGUUCCUUAUUUGAGUUCAAAUCUGUCUAUUUCUCCAGAAGAGAGCUGGUUACCAAUUACAAGCAUUGUCUUGGGCAUUAUUCAUGUUCAGCUUGAAGCAAGCAUCGCAAAUGGGGAUGUUGAGACACUUGCAUUCUUCAGAAACACAUCUGAUGACGAUUUUUCAUCUAAGAAAAGAAUCCAUUUUAAGAAACAUUUCAAGGGAAAAAACAGUGACGAUGAAAAUUAAGAAUAAUUCGCAAAAGACACAAAGAGAAUAAAUGAAUAUUUGUAACAGACUUUAGCUAUUAGCUUUGUUAAUGUAAUUGCCACAAAAUCCGAAUUUUAAAAGGUUAAAUUUGAUGUAGACGAAAACAAAAUUAUAUCUCUUUUGCACAUUUGAAUUUUUUUUAUACACCGCAAA